AAUGCAGAUUUAAAAAAAAAAAAACAGAGUCGAUUGCUAUUCAUUUUUCACGCUGCUUCUCUCUGUCAUUCCCAUUUCCCGCCAACUGAAGGAAAAGGCUCACAAGCAUUGUGAGUCGCCUUCCACGAACUGCAGCCUCGAUUUCGAUUCAAAUUUCCAUUCCAAGCACCAAGAAGACAUGAAUCAGGACAUCGAAGCGUCUCCUUCGCCGAAGAAGCAGAUCUCCAAUGUAACUGUCUGCUCUCGCUUCAGGCCAUUGAGUUCAAAAGAGAGGAAGGAUCACGGUGGCCGAGUUUGCGUGUGCCGUAUCGACGACGAAACUUUCGUCUUCAAGGAUGAGAAAGAAGAAGAGUCUACUUUCAGCUUCGAUAAGGUUUUCUAUGAGGAUUCUCUGCAAGCUGAUGUCUAUGAAUUCCUAGCCCUGCCUAUCGUUCGUGAUGCUGUCAAUGGAGUGAACGGCACGAUAAUCACUUAUGGACAGGUGAGUUUAGUUUGCUGUUUUGCUUAUUUGACAACUCUUCCAUGGUACUGGGAUCAGGGACCAAAUGUUCUAGAAUCAGAUGAUAUGAAGAAAGGGCUACUUCCAAGAGUAGUAGAUGGACUAUUUGAGCAUAUUGCGUCUGCUGGUGAUUCAAUCAAGUACAAGAUCAAGCUAUCCAUGGUUGAAAUCUACAUGGAGAAAGUCAGGGAUCUCUUUGACUUGUCUAAAGAUAAUUUAGUGAUCAAGCAGAGUAAAGAUCAUGAGAUGCUGAUUUCUGGAGUGACAGAGGCAAGUGAACUUCUGCCUCUACUAUCUUUAUCAGGAAAGUUAGUUCAUUUGUUUUCUGCGUGGUACUGGUACGAAACAACAGAUUCACUUGUCAGACACAGUAGAAGCUUUGCAAAACCUACAUGUAAGAUAGUCUCCUUUGAAAACGUAUUUUUCAAAUGCAUAUUCCUCGUUCUCAUGUUAAGACUGAACUUGCAGGCUGGAAUACAAAAUAGAGCUGUUGGGGAAACCCAAAUGAAUCUGGCCAGCAGUCGAAGCCACUGUGCCUACAUAUUCACAGUCCAGCCAGAUUCGACCAGAGAUAGGGGAAAAACAGGGAAAUUGGUGCUUGUUGACUUGGCAGGAUCUGAGAAAGUGGAGAAAACUGGAGCUGAAGGGAAACUUCUCGAUGAAGCUAAGACCAUAAACAAAUCCCUAUCAGCUCUAGGGAACGUGAUAAAUGCUCUAACAUGCAGUUCAUCCAAAGCUAUUCACAUACCUUAUCGUGAUUCUAAGCUGACCAGGCUUCUUCAGGAUGCUCUAGGAGGCAACUCCAGGACUGCUUUAAUCUGUUGCUGUUCGCCGAGUACCUCAAAUUCUUCAGAAACAUUUUCCACUCUUCGUUUCGGUAUCAGGGCAAAGCAUAUAAAGACAUCGCCUACUGCUAAACGGAUAAUUGAUGAGGAAACUGAAGCCAGAUGGCAUCCAGCCGAUGUUCCAACAAAAGAGGAGUCUGGUGAGAGAACUAUAGCUCAGAUGAAGUUAUUACCAACUGUCAAACAUAUUGACGAAGACAAAGAAGCGAAAAUGCAUGCAGCAGAUGCAAAGAAAGAUGAUUGUUAUGAGAGAAUUCUAGCCAAGUUGAGGGAGAGAUUGGAUGACGAGGAUGUCAACUUGCUCGAGGAAUUACUCGUACUGGAGGAAAUGCUGUUUGAUCCCAGUACAGCAGAAGGCUUAGAAUUGGACUUCGAAGAUAUGACUUCACGUACAAUCAACUUGCUGCAACAGAAUCUGCAAGAGCUUAUGAUUACUUGUGAAGAGCUUACGAGUGAGAACAAAGCUCUCAAGGCCAGAAUUGCAGCUGGUGGAACUAUGGAAGGUGAUCGGGAAGAGAAUGGAAGUUUCUUCAUGCAGAAAGUUUCUGGCAUUAUCAGCUUCUUCUUUCCGUGGGUUUGGGGUCGGGCCCAGUAGUCAAAUUUCUUGAGUAGAAGGCCUUUUUUAAUAUGAAGUCAGUUUCUAUCUCACAAUCAGUCGGAGCUUUUUCAGUUUGUUUGUCAAACAUGACCUUUAUUACACGUGAUAGUAGCAAGGAUUGUAUCGAAACUUAUAUUGAAAAAGUCAUUAAUAGGAAAUCUCAU